AUGGAACCUCGUCAACGGAGAGGUCCUUGGUCCAACACCGAGGACCGUUUCCUUCUGAGCCUGAUUGGAAAUCGAGGCCCUUUGAACUGGGUUCGCAUCGCUCAAGUUCUUGGAUCCCGUACCCCAAAGCAAUGCCGAGAACGCUAUCACCAGAAUCUUAAACCAUCUUUAAAUCAUGACCCUAUUACACCCGAGGAAGGCGCCAAGAUCGAGUAUUUGGUAGAAACUGUUGGAAAACGAUGGGCCGAGAUUGCCCGCCGCCUUGACGGACGAAGUGACAACGCGGUCAAAAACUGGUGGAAUGGAAGUCAAAAUCGAAAGAAGCGCUCCGAACGCCGACGCCGUGCUUCAAAUUCAACAUCCGCAGCUCAAUCACCAUCGUCGACUUCGUCCUCGCCGCUGCCAUCAUUUGAUCAUGGCAUGCAACGAGCGCCACUUUCAAUCAUGAGCCCGAUACUUCCCGCGCCAUUUUCCAACAAUCUAAGGUCACCUAUGUCUGGCUCCAGGAGUCGAAUUGGGUCUUUGGUGGAUGGCCCUCUUCCAUCACCAUGCUCUUCUGAGCCAUCAGAUUUGGAUUCAAGCGCCCAUUACACGACGUCCCCAGCUGAUCGACCACGCUCACUUUAUUCUCAAAUACCACAGGUUGAGCUCCCUCCAUUGCGCGGAUGGCCAGAACCCGUUCCGGCAGAGUCUCAGCUGCCUCGUAUUAGUCCAAUGGGCAGGCUUGAUGAAGGGAGGUUUGGCAGGGACUUCGUGCGCCUGCCUCCAUUGUCUAGUCCAUCCGAACCCAUGACAACACCUGCUUUACCGACAUUGCAGAAGGAGGAGGAAGGGAAAGACCUGCGACAUGAGCAAUCGCAGCGAGAACCACAGCUUCCUCCCCGACAUUUGGGGGCAUCAGACUCAAGUGCCGAGGAAGCUAGCAACGACACGGGUUAUAAAAUGAGACUUGCGUCACUAUUGGCGUAG